AUGCAACCCCCGGUACCCUCGACAUUCCGGACCAGACUACUUGAUUUGAAUUUUAUUCCACGCUUUACUUCCUCCCAACGGUCUUCUCAAUUGAACCAAAAAAAUACCACAAUGACGCUCAGAUGGGGAAUUCUCGGUCCUGGUAGGAUAUCCUACAAGUUUGCUCAUGAUCUCGUGCAUGUUGAACGUGCCCAGCGUGCAUCGCAGAGCGUAACAGCGAUUGCUUCCAACUCGAACAUAGCCAACGCUACCUCGCUCGCCCAGAAGCUCGGAAUUGAUGCCACUUGCUUCGGAACCUAUGACGCGUUGAUCGAAUCAGAUUCUUGCGAUGUUGUUUAUGUUGGAACUCCCAAUAACACCCAUUUCGAUCUCGCAUGCAAAGUGCUGCAUGCAGGGAAGCAUCUACUGAUGGAGAAGCCGUUUGCGCUGACCGUGGAGGAGACCGACAAGAUCUUGGAGCUCGCAGCCGAAAAAAAGCUUUUUGUGAUGGAAGCUAUGUGGACCAAGUUCAAUCCUGUAUUCACGAAAUGUCGUGAACUUCUCGAAUCAGGCGUUAUUGGCAGUGUCACGAGGGUGCGUUCGGAUCUCAGCUAUCUGUUCCCGCGUGACGACCCCGGAAUGGUCAGAAUUUACGAUCCGGCACUUGGCGGUGGUGUUUUAUUGGAUAUUGGGAUUUACGCGCUAACGUGGCCCUUGGCGCUGUUCGGAGCUCCAGUCAGCUCUACCAGCAAGUGUGUCAAGGCCGAUACCGGAGUAGAUAUCGCAGACUCGGUCUUGCUGGAAUAUCCUGGAUUUGUCGCAUAUGCUACGUGUUCCGGCCUUACCAACCAGGUAGGAACAAACACCGGCACGCUUACCAAUCCAGCAAUUUUCAUUGAGGGUACUUUAGGUUACGUUUCUGUGAACCAAGCGGACCAACCCACGAAGCUGGUUGCGACUACCUGGGAAGGAACAAUUAUUGAGGAGUUUACAUACGAACCAAAAGGGUUUGGAAUGAGUCUGGAGGCCGACCAUGUGUUAGCAUGUGUUGAGGCCAGCAAGAUCGAGAGUCCAGUCCAUACCUGGGACGACACCAAAUUGAUGUCGCGGAUGCUAGCGGGAACUCUUGAAGAAAAUGGUAUCUUAUUUUGA